CGGCCAUAAAUCGAGGUCGCAGCAGAGAGAGAAUUAAAAGGCAGCGGUCGAAGCGAGACACAAUUUUCUCCCAAAAUCUCCCGAAUUACGGCCUGACGGAGGGAAUAAGGCAGCGCGGAUGCUCAGAUGCCUUCGUGAGAGCGGGAAGAUGUAUAGCAGAACAUUUAAUAUCCUGCACUUCAUUGUGAGAGACAAAGUUCAUCAUGGAAGCAAAAAGUUUGCUUGUUUUAUUGGUCCGGCUGCAAUCAGCGUUCAUCCCAAGAAGACAGAGUUGAGUUACAGCCGCUACCAGCAGGUGCGUCUUGUGCAGCUCUGCCGUCAGCUUGCAAACACGAGCCAGCCCCCAGGGUCCCCCCCUGACUCAAAGGGAGGGGGUGCGGCUGAGGCCCCCCCCACCCAGCCAGCUUCAGCUACAGCUCGCCUGAAAGAGGCAGUCAUCAAAGUAAUGCCUCGCAAGAAGGAGAAGUUUGACACCUCCCACCCCUCCACGGAGCGCAAUUUCAUCACGGCUGUGCGUGCAAUGGCUGAGUUCCUCCUAAAGCCCUCAGACUUGGAGAAUCUGCGCAAAACCAAGAGAAGAUCACCAUUUGAAAAUGAGCCACCCAUAACUGUCUAUUGGAGGAAGGAUGUUGAGGAAAAAGCAGUGCAAGUGUGGGGAAGCAUAGAAUCCUUAGAGAAAGAAAAAAUGAAGAGAGAGAAGGAAGUAAAGCAGUAUAAAGAGAACAUCUUCAAUGUGAAGAGGAUCAUGAAGGAAUAUCGCCGAGACCAGAGGAGCAUCCCCGAGCCCCUCACGCCUGGGGGCAACGGCAAGGAUAUUUCGGGCAAUGUGGUGUGGACAGCAGUUGCCAUCAACGGAGCCAACCUCGUGAUGAAGCUGGGUGCUUGGGCCUUCACAGGGUCGCACAGUCUCUUUGCCGAAGCCUUGCACUCCCUGGCUGACGUUACCAACCAGCUGAUUCUCGCGUAUGGUAUUCACAAGUCCAAGCAGCGGGCUGACGUGAUACACCCCUACGGCUACACAACCAUGCGGUAUGUGUCUUCCUUGAUCUCUGGUGCGAUGAUCUUCUGUGUUGGGGCCGGCCUCUCCUUCCAGCAUGGUAUAUCUGGACUCAUGGCGCCCUCUGAGGUGUUGCCCCUUUAUUGGGCUUUCUACAUCUUAGGAGGCUCGCUUAUUACGGAAGGAGGAACACUUCUCAUGGCCGCUCAUGCCAUCAGGAAAGGGGCUCAGCAGCAGCAGAUGUCCUUCACUGAGUAUGUCCUACGCAGCCAAGACCCAAGCGUAAACGUGGUGCUUUUGGAGGACAUGGCGGCGGUAAUUGGGGUCAGCGUAGCAAUGGCAUGCAUGGGCCUCACUUCAAUCACUGGCUCGCACAUCCCUGAUGCCAUUGGGUCGUGCCUGAUUGGGGGCAUCUUGGCCGGGGUUUCGGGAUUCAUAAUCUACACCAAUUCGGCCGCGUUGGUUGGGAAAUCCAUCCCCCAGUACCGGCUGGAGAAGAUCAACGACGAGCUGGAGCGGGACGUGCUGAUCCGUGCCAUCUAUGACGUCAAGGGCAUUGACAUGGGGACGGGGCUGGUGCGCUACAAGGCUGAGGUGGACUUUGACGGCAGGGAACUCACGCGGGGCUACCUCGACAAGCAAGACUUAGAUGCAAUCAUGAAGGAAAUACAGGCCAUAAAGACAGUCGAUGAGGUGGAGGCCUUCAUGUUAAAGCACGGCGAAAACAUCGUGGACAGUCUGGGAGCGGAAGUUGAUAGAAUAGAGAAAACACUCAAGAAAGCUCAUCCUGAGAUUCGUCACUGUGAUUUAGAAAUCCUGUAAGUAACAGUAGAUUUCAUCUGUGAUCUUCAGCUUUAAGUCUUUGUGCUUCGGUAAUACAGUGUAAAUUUUUCUUAGGAGCCCAAUGCAGCCACUACAUUUGGGUACUAUGCGUAUAGUUUGACAUUUUCCUGUCAGAAGGAGGAGGCAGCAUGUUAUUAUCUUGCAUCAGUCUGACAGCUGCGAAGUUCUGCAUCCAUGCCAGUAAUAUAGAUGUAUGAGUGUCUAUAUAUUCCAUUUUUGGUGUGUUAUUUCAAAGCCUCCCUUUUUCUUUUGUAUUCCCUGAAGAUGAAUUGUUACUAUUGGUAAUGUGUCUCAACAGAUGGGGAGAUUGUAUACAAUUUGUAUCAUAACUUGUAUAUGUAUUUAUAAGAUAAAGAAGUCAGCAGAACAUUGAUCACCUGUUUUUCUUUUCUCUGUUAUUCUUCAACAUUGUUAUUAGAAGCAGUAUUCUUAAUAUAUACUACAUUUUAAGCUUGAUCAUGUUAUCUAUAUAUAUAUGUUUUCUUUUGACCAAUUGUUCAUCAAGAAAAUUAUUGAUAGAUUCAUUAUAGUAAGUCUAGAAGUCUUGCAUAACAAUCUAUAGAGAACUGCAGCUCAACAAAGGCACUGUAAAGAAUACUCCUUAUACUGAAUGUUCAUUAAUGUAUGACACAAUACAUUCUUAUUUAAUUCAUAUACAUUUUUGUGGCCUUUGGUUGGAUGAGCUUGUUAGGUUUGAAUAAUAACUGAAUAUAAUAUGUUAACCAGGAGAGCGGUGACCAGGAGUGGAGAAAUAAGUAAAAAGGACUGUAAUAUUAAGUAAAAGUGAAGUGUAACAUUUUUGCACAGUGUAGGAAGUUGGAAAUGCAUGUUGAAAUUGUUCGAGUCCAGGAUUUUUUCUUUUCUUUUCUUUUCUUUUCUGCUCUUUUUUCCAUGUACUAGAAUAGUUUCAUGGAAAUUCAUUGAUGCUGAAAGACUGUAACAUGAAGGGUGACCUUUUCAUCAAUAGAUUGCUAAGUUGUCAUGCAGCAGAUUGUCACAAUAAAUGGUGCUAACAGUGAGAUCGAAAAACAGGACCAUUCCACAGUGAGUGGCAUGAAAAUAGCUUAAUGAAGAGAGAUGUGCGUUCUUUUUACUUUUUAUACUUGAAUAUUGCUUACACCAUAUUUUAUCAUUUCUGGUUUUGUAAAUGACGUUUCAUUAUUUAUUUCCCCGAUGCUGGGAACUGUUUAUUAUUUGUAUAAUGUGUGUACAGUGAAAAGACAUUGUGUUUGUAUGUGAAUGAAGAGAUUUGCUCGUAUUUAAUUAUUUAUAUUAUUUGUUUUGUAUGCCGCAUUCACUCCAGAGCUUGUUAUUGCUAAUCAUAUUGUUGUGUCUGCAGUAUAAAGAAAUCAAAAUUGA